CAAUCCUGACCCUCCUUGCCUUGUUCUGUAGGGUGCAGUCUCUCCCCCAGGGGCAGGGGCAGUGCCUUUGUAACUCCUGGAGGACCUGGCACUCCACCAGGAAUCCCGGCAGGCUUGGCUCCAGCUUAGAAAAAGAGUGGAAAGUCUGCUCUCCCUCUUCAGCUUCUUCUGGUGACCUGGGCCUAGAGCAAGCAGGGAUUGGGUCAAAGACAGGCUCAAAAGUGGGGUGAAAUUAGAACAUUUUUACUCUCAGGGCCCCGGACAGCAAUUUCCAUGCUAUGAAAUCAAAACUCUCAGCCUGGGACUAGGAUGAGAGGAAGCUGGGAUUUUCUAUGUAGAAAAAAAGAAGGGAGGGACUCCUGGAGCUCCUGGCCUUUCUCUUGGAUUUCAGAGAGGGUUAGAAUUAAAGCCUCCCAAGGGUAGGGGUGAGCUCUGUUAGUAAGGGCUUUGGCUGCUGUACUUCUGUGGGUCCCUCAAGGGUGGAACUCUGAGAUAAAGACCAGGGACCAGAGGGAGGAACUUGACAAAAUGGAGUCAUUUUGCUUGCUUUGCUACUUCCACAGGGAGCCAGGAGCCAGAGGAAAUGGGCCCUGGGAGCCUCGGACCUCCUCCUCAGGAGAUGGUGACUUUCAAGGAUGUUGCUAUGGACUUCACCCAGGAAGAGUGGGGGCUCUUGGACCUCUCUCAGAAGGAGCUGUACAAGGAAGUCAUGGUGGAGAAUGCCCGGAACCUGCUCUCCCUGGGGCUUCCAGUUAUCAGAGAAGAGGUGAUCUCUUAUUUUGAGCAAAGGGAAGCAUCUUGGAUGCUGGAUCAAGAAGGCCUCAGGAGUUACUCUCCAGGUGAGUGAGUUGGAAACAGGUAUAUAAGAGCUAUGGUUAUAAGAGGUUUCUAGGAGUUACUCUGAAGUAAGUAUUCAGUUUGGGGGAGAAAGACCGGAAUUGGAUUUCAUUGUAGGAUAUUUCUAAGCAAAAGUGUCAUUGGCUCCUCAAUGAAUCUCAGUUUCCCAUCUAUAAAAUGAGUGGUUUGCACUCCAUGGCCCAUCCCUUCCAGUGAUCAUCUGUGAUCCUAUUGGAAGUCAUUGUAUGCAAUUUGGGACAAUGGAAUUCUCCUGAUGAGCCAUUUCUUAGAACUUCUUGUAGUCAGUAAACAAUUAAGGGCCUGGUACAUGGCAGCCCUGGGCUGAGCACCAGGAACAUAAAGUGAGAUAAGGAACAUCCUCUGCUCUCGUGGAGGUCACAGAAUGGUGGGGCAGAAAAUACCCCAGCGAUUAUGGAGAAACCCACUGUGAAUGAAUUUAGUGCCUCAAGUACAUCAGUAAAUGAUGGGGAUAAUAAUGAUUUAAGAAGGAGAGCAUAACUGGAGAAGAAAUAGUCAAAAUGAAAUAAAGUAGCUAGCACUUAUACAGCACUAUGUGUCAUGCACAGGAUUGUCUUAUUUAAUCCUGAUGGCAACCUGAGGGCUUUGCUGAUAUUAUUAAGCCUAUUUUACAGAUAAAGAAAACUGAAUCAAACAGAGGUUCUAUAACUUGAGUAGCAAGCUUCUAAGGUGUGAUUAAAAGUCUGGUCUUUCUGACUUAAGGCCCUACCCAUAGUCUAUCCACUGUAACUGUAUUAUGAUUUUGAAACAGAUAUGAUGAAAAUGGCCAUACUUGUAUGAGACAGAAAAUAGCAGGAGUAUUGGGCAAGCUCCUGUUGAGACAAUGAAAUUCAUUUUUUAAUCUCUAGCCAAACAAAAGAAAUUGUUAUUUAUUGUUAAAAAAUACUUAUAUUUCCACUGGCUCAUGACAAAAAUUGCACUAGAUAACAAAUGUACUCAAGGGUCAAUUACAAAUAGUGCUUUAUGUUGUUUUCAAGUAAUAUUUAUAUAUACAACCUUUAAAAGGAUAGGAACUGCAACCCUAGUGAAUGACAAAACCAUGUUGCCAAGCAAUUUCUUUGAAAAACUACCAGAGAAAAGAAGAACAUACACAGAGAAUAUCUUCAAAUUAGAAAACAACCACACACAUAUCAAUGAUUGCACUUUAAUAUCUGAUUUUCUGGAAAGGUUGUGGCUUUCCAUGAUGAUUUCAUGAUGGGCUCUCCUUUCCCUGCCUCCUGACCAUGGUUUUCAAGUAGCCUGCCAACAUUACUGCAGGAAUGCAAACCCAGGUAACAUCUUGAUCAGGCAAUGAGAGAUUGGAUGAGGUGGGGUUGCUAGGUAACCCAGGAGGAAGAGAAAUACACUGGUCCAAGGAGAGACAGCCCCUGAGGGGUGAUUGCACUCCUGUGGCCAUUUGUAUAUGAAGGUCCAUAUGGAAUGCUGGAAACAAUCUGAU